AUGAUACCCGUACUCACACUGAUGACGGUUUCGGCCGCUGUUAUUUUACUAGUUCUGCUCCAUCUUGUUCAGGACGAAUCCCAUUGCUCCUACCUGCACACCUGCCCUGAAGGCGAUUUCAUCUGUCGUUCCGGUGACUGCGUAUCCAGCCGUUUCAAAUGUGAUGGUGAAGUCGACUGUCCGGGAGGAGAAGACGAAAAUGGCUGCGAUUUUCUCUCAGUUUUCGUAAGCGCCAGCCGCUGUGAGGCGAAGACGAACAAAAUUGCACCAGAGCCGGGAGAAAGUCCAACGCGAAAGGAUGAGACGGCUGAAUGCGAUCCUGGCAUGGUCAUGUGUGCUGACCACACCGCGUGCUUUCCAAAACACUGGAUUUGUGAUGGCGAGGCUGAUUGUCUCGAUGAAAGUGAUGAG